GGCGGGCGGCGCAGGAGGCGAGCGGCGGAACAUGUAAGGGCACAUCCCGCCAGAGCCGCCCAGCGCGCAGACGGAGCCCAGGGGAGCGGGCGUGCGGGCAGAGAGGCGCAGGGCACCGGGCAGGCUCCGGGCGGUCGGAGCGGUGCGCAGGGUCCCGAACAGGCGGCGAGCGAGAAGCAUCCGUACCCGCCACUGAGACGCUGCUGUCCGCAAGGCGCUCGGGGCUGCAGGCUCGGCUGGACAGAGAGCGAGGCCAAGCAGCCCGGGGUGCGUGAAGCCGGCGCCGCAGAGCCGGACCGCCGCGCCCGCCGCGCCCGCCGCAGCCUCCGGCGCUGUGGCAACCUCGGGGCGCCCAUGACGGCGGCGGCCACCGUGCUGAAGGAGGGCGUGCUGGAGAAGCGCAGCGGCGGGCUGCUGCAGCUGUGGAAGCGGAAGCGCUGCGUGCUCACCGAGCGCGGGCUGCAGCUCUUCGAGGCCAAGGGCACGGGCGGCCGGCCCAAGGAGCUCAGCUUCGCCCGCAUCAAAGCCGUGGAGUGCGUGGAGAGCACCGGGCGCCACAUCUACUUCACGCUGGUCACCGAGGGCGGGGGUGAGAUCGACUUCCGCUGCCCCCUCGAAGACCCCGGCUGGAACGCUCAGAUCACCCUGGGCCUGGUCAAGUUCAAGAAUCAACAGGCCAUCCAGACUGUGCGGGCCCGGCAGAGUCUUGGGACCGGGACCCUCGUGUCCUAAACCACGAGGCAUACCAUUUUAUCGACAUGCCCCCAACGUCCGUGCCCAGAGGACAUGUCAGCUUCUCUGUCCACCUUGGUUGGUUGGGGCCUGACUGCAUUUGAUGAGGCAGAAGCAAGCUAUAUGUGGAAGAGGCAUAUCAGCAUGGAAGGAGCCGACUGGCCAGGAGGAGAGCAGAAGCCAGUGAGGGGCUGAGGAUGAAGAUUCAGCUCCUGAACACAGAGACUGUUAUACCCAGCUCGGGCCUUGGAGCCACAGGCCUGGCCUCCUAUGUCUCGAUGGAGAACUUGGGGCUUACCCUGGCAUCAAGGUCCCUCCCACUGGUCCUGCCCUUGGUUCUGGGUUCUGCAGACUUCUGUUUGGCCCCUGGCUUUGACACUUGCCCAAAGGAGGGCAGUUGUUUGGGGCGUGCUAAGCCAGUGCCUCAGAACUCAGGAGGUGAGCCUGGGAUUCAGAAGAUGACCACCCUACCUUAGGACAGCCGCUAGACUCAGCUUGCGGAGGGGAGUCUGCUGGGCUGGAGGCCUGUGCGUGGGGGUCUCUUGCUGCUUAGGUCCUUUUGGGACCCCCUACCCAUCUGUACCCUCUCUUUGCACACUUUUUCCCUCACCUCUGUUGCCCUCUCCUCACUUUGGUGUUGGGCCUGGAGGUGGUAGGGGUGGGGUAAGGGUUUGGCCAUUACCAUUUCAUGCCUAUUCCAGAAUGAAGAUGCCCAGGACGUGGGCAGUAAGCA